AUGUCAACGAGAGCGAUCGGCUCUCAUUUGCCCAAGGCGACCGAACCGUUCCGGUGUAAGGCUCGAGCCAUCAGCUCACAUGCCGCAGCCAUUAGAGACGAGCCAUGUCCGUACAAGUCCUUAGAAACCUUCGUCUCGAUUCACCGCCUAGCCAUUCCUCUGGAGAGCUUCUCUCUGGUCUACGCCCUCCAAUCGGCCGCGUCUCUACGUAAUCUCUCCCAAAUCCGACACAUCCAUUGCCUUUCUAUCAAGCUCGGAUUCUCCAAGAAUGUCUACGCCGCUACGUCUCUGCUUAAUGGGUAUGUUACGGUUUCAAUGUCGGACGCGUGCAAACUGUUCGACGAAUUGUCUGAGAGAAAUACGGCUACUUGGAAUACGAUGAUCACUGGCCACUUGAGGAGUGGAAAUGUGAGAAGAGCCUCUGAGAUGUUCAAGACGAUGCCUUACAGGAAUGCUGUCUCAUGGUCUACGUUUAUCUCGGAUCAUGUCAACAAUGGCAGAUGGGUUACUGGGUUGGGCAUUCUCCGGGAUAUGAUGUUCAGAACUACGCUCAAACCCGAUCAAAAAGCGUUGUCGUCUGUCAUAUUGGGUUGUUCUCGAUUGGAUCCGGUGGGAUUGUUGUUAGGUAGAUCGGUUCAUGGGUUUAUGGUGAAGCAUGUGAGGAAGAUAAGCGUGAAUGCAGGCUCGGCAUUAAUCGACAUGUAUGCGAGGUUCGGAUUCAUGAAGUAUGCUAUCAAAUUUUUUGACUUUAUGCAAGAAAAGAACGUGGUGACUUGGACAGCUCUCAUCUGUGGCUCGGCCCUACACAGCGACGCCCGAAAAACGCUGGCUUUGUUCGAGGAAAUGCAAGUGUCGGGCGUGAGACCGAACGAGCUAACUUUCACGGGCGUUCUUAAGGCGUGUGUAAACUCGGGUUUGGUCCACGAGGGACGGAAGUACUUCAAAAUGAUGGAAGAGUACGGAUUAGAGCCGAAGAUUCACCAUCUCGGGUGCAUGGUCGACUUGUUGGGAAAUGCAGGGUUAAUAGAGGAAGCUUACGAGGUUAUUCAGUCUAUGAAACUCGAACCGAACAUCGUCAUAUGGGGUUCGUUCUUGUCAGCGUGUAGAGAGCACAACAAGCUCGAGAUGGCCGAGGGAGUGAUCGAGCUGGUCCUGAGGAAUAUGAGCCCUGAGACAGUUGGAUCAGGGGUUUACAGUCUGAUGUAUGAUAUAUAUGCCAUGAACCAGAAAUGGGAUGCAGCUGAAAAGGUUAGAGAGUUUAUGAAUGAGUCCUGUGCGAGGAAAAUCAGGGGCUCGAGUUUUAUUAGCACUUAG